AUUCUGCAUCGGGUUUGCACAAAAGCUAUGCGCAUUCCCGGCAAGGCAAUCGAAGACGACGAAUGUUCAAGGAAACCCUGUCUGAACGGCGGUUUGUGCAUGCCUUUCCUGGGCUCAUACGCCUGUCGCUGUCCCACCGAAUUUUCUGGACGACACUGCGAAAGAUCUCUGGCUUUUUCACCCUGCAGAAAUCAGGUUUGUUUUCCACUUUAUUCAAAGGUGAUUGUUGUAGAAGGAUCUUGUUCCACACGGAAGCGUCGACGCGAGUGUGACUCCGACCUGCCCCGUGCUCGACCGUCUGAGUUGGCUGGAAAAGCGACCUCGUCUGCCGCGACCUGCCUCGCUCUGGGGCUCAGGUCAAAGGAGCGGUUCCUGCAAGUGUCGUUGGGCCGCCCUACCUCAUUGGGGCCGAUCAACUUAAAAGAAUCGAUUUAUUAA